CUCAGCAAUUAUAUAUAAAAAGUUUUUUCCUCUCUUCUGAUACAAUCUAGUUCUUUCUAAGCCGCGCAGACGUGGUAAAUGAGUAACAACCAAGAGGUAAAUGAAUACACACAAAGGAUCCAACAAUUGGAGGAAUUGGCCACCAGACUACAAACAAGACUGGAUGAAAGAGAUAGAAAGGAACAAGACAAGUUCGAUCACCCGGAAUUGCCACCAGAAAUCUGGCAAGAUUUGGAAGCAUCUUCCCUCGCUGAACUCGAAGAAAGCUUCAAGAUAUUUAGACGCGAUCUCGUCAAGUAUCACGGGGACUCGUGGACAAGACCAGGCGCAGUCAACAAACAGUUUAUCGGCGAGCUCAAGAGGAAGACAGUGGAAGCCUAUACGGCCGUUCAAGGCAAAUAUAAAGAUGCAGAACGGACCAGAAACACAGCGAGGGCAUCAACAGAACUUUUUCAAGGCAUCCAGCACAUCAUCGAACGAGGCGGCAGCACAGAUGAUGAACGAGAUCUCCAAACCAUUAUGGAAAAAGCAAGAAGACUCGCCAUUUGUGGAUUUGCCACUAGCAAGCAGCAAGAACAAGAAGCAAGAACAACAAUAUCGAAAGCACUCAGGCUACCAGCCAAUGUUAGAUAUAUCGAAGAAGAAGAAGACACCACCAAAGAUUUGGCAUUCGAUUCGACAAUGGUCCAAAGAAUUGAGAAAGCAAGAUAUGAGUAAAGAUUUAUACAAGCAGCCCUUAAUCCAAGACGAGGAGGAUAUCAUAAUGGAGGAUUCCGAGGUCGAGGUAGUUCCUUCUGAGGCGGUUUCAACAACGGCUCCACUUUCAGACAAAAAACUUUUUUUGGCAGGGGCUGGGGCCAAACAAUGGUUCCGACCAACUCGACAUCCAGCGCCGAACAAAAUUAAAACAAAUUUGCAAACCGAAAGCAGACCAGCCACACUACACCAAUCCGGAGUAUGGCAUAGCACUUGGGGGCCAGUUAGGUCAUUCUGUGAACUAUUGGCGACAAACGACACACCAUACAUGGCCAAUAUCUGUAGUUCAGGAGGGUUACAGACUACAAUUCAACAAAUUACCAACGCCAUGGUACACGAGGCAGAGCUGCAGGACGAGCCAGGAUCACAUGUUAGUGGAUCAAGCAGUACGUCGGUUUCUACAAGCAAAGGUGAUAGAGGUCUCACCGUCACAAGAGCGGGGGUUUUUAUCAACGUUUUUCACGAUCCAAGAACCGUCAAAGGUCCGCCCAAUAUUGAAUUGUCAGAAGAUCAAUCAGUUUUUACAAGUACAACAUUUCAAAAUGGAAGGCAUACCAGCGUUACGCGAUUUGAUAGAGGACAACGAUUUGAUUUGCAAGAUCGAUUUGAAAGACGCAUAUACAGUGGUGCCGAUCCAUUCAGAGUCCCAGAAGUACUUGUCUUUCGAGCACAACAACUUGAUCUAUCAAUACGCGUCUUUGCCAUUUGGUGCCGCAAUCUCACCUAGGGUAUUCUCGAAAAUGUUUCGUUACGCCAUCGAACCAUUGAGACGAGAAGGGA